AUGCUCGGGGCGGGGCACGAGCCCCUCCUCGGCGGGAGCCCCUCCGGGAGCCCGCCGGCGCCGACCAGGGCCAGCUUGCCGGCGCGGGCGGCGCGCGAGAGGUGGUGGCGUCUGACCACCGACAGGGCGUGGCUCGCGUCGCCGCUCAGUCGGCGGGUCUUCUGGAGGUACUACCCCCGACGGCCAUACCCAAUGGUAGUUUUCACAUUAAUGUGGUUGUUGCUGAUGUGUUUGGGAGUUGUCGACACCAGCACUUGGGGACCGUUGUUUGCCGAAACGAUGGUGUACCUGACAGUGAUAUCUAUCAUAAGCAGAUGGUUGCCGAGGGCAUCGUUGGCAUCUGAUUUCUUUCUGGUAACCGCGUGGACGCCAGCUUGGUGGAUGAACGGCAGGAGCCUUCCUGUCGACGCAGUGAUCGGCUUCAAUUGCUGCCCCUUCAUCCUCUGCAUGAUGUGGGCGAUUGGCUUGCACAGCCUCUUCGUCGCACAGUUCGCCCUCACGACGUGCUUACUCAUCGCCGUGGAUCCGCGGCAGAUGGGCACCGUCUCCCGAGACCUGCUCAUAUGCACAGUAAUUCUGGUCAUGCCAAUGAUCGUUACGCUCGAAUGGCAGACUGUAAUUCAUUUCAACAAGCUGCAAAAGCAUAUGAGCGUCUCAACUGACGGGCAGAUGGUUGUGAACAGGAGCAAUGGCAUUAUUGUCAGCGUGUGCGGAGGUGCCAUUGAGUUGCUCGGGCUUGACUCGGUCGGGGCUCCGUUCAGUCGUGUGGUUUGCGAGGACGAUUGGGACCUGGUCCAGCGCUGGUGCAGGCAGAGCACUGGGGAGCCCUCCGAGGUCUUCCUGGCCACCCUGUGCAGCAGAGCCUCCUGGGAGUCCGCGCCAGUGCAGGAGUUUGACGCCCGCCUCAUCCCCUACGAGGUCACGGGGCCUGACGUGCACUUCUGCCUCCAGGUCGUGGGCGAGGUGAGGUGCCACACAGAAAUUAAAAAUAUGUGUUCGAGCGAGACCUCGAGCGGCGCCGCGCGGCCUCCCUCGACUUCGCCCUUUAACAUCGAAGCGUCGGACCAGGGCGUCAGCAAGGAGGUCAGGCCGGAACCGCCGUCGUCUUGCAAGGAGGACGACGACGAUGAAGAAGCGUCGCGGACGAGCUGCGCAAUCGCGAGCGUCGUGGACGACCCCGCGGAGCCGGCCGGCAGCCCCAAGGCGGGCGGGCCCGGGGGCCCGGGCACGCCGCUGGCCCCUGGGGAGCACCUCGAGGCGCCGCGGGGCGGCCCGCGGAUCCCUGCGCCGCCGGGGGCCGCUGGCGGGACCCCCGCGCCGCCGCGCGGCCGCAGCGCCCCAGCCGGGAGCAAGCUCAGCCUGUAG